CUACGGUUGGGGGUAGUUCUUUCAGCUCCUAAGUACGAUCAAUUGCGAAAUUCCAACCCACGCUCGAAAAUUUGAAAAUCGAAAGACAAUUAUUCCUCUGACAGUAAAAGUGAAAUUGUGACCUUGUGUGACUUUAAUUUGUGAAAAUGUUAGGUGUCGGAUGUUGCCGUAUUACAAAAUGUUUGCAAGAUGACGGCGGAAGCUGAAUCGAUCGCAAUUCUAGUGGCAAAUAAAAUACAAAAAAUGAAAAUAUGACAAAAUAUGUUCCCGCCAGGACCAUUUCACAGGGCGCGGACUAAAUUAAGUGAAAUGUGUAGUGAUAAAAAACAAACUAAGUCAAAAACAGAACUCUCCAAUGCCUAUUACCUCAUUAUCAUAUUUCUAAUACAAUCAGUUAAUUCAAACACAACAAAUAUGAACGGUCAAGGUGAACAAAACGACGCACCCAGUGACUACGAUGAAACAAUGUAUAAAGUCAAUUUUGAUAAUCCAUAUUACAAUAGUGAAGACUUCCUAGAUAAAUUUUAUGGCCACGAAAAUUCGUAUAGCAACUAUGGUGAUUAUAAACGGUAUUACUUGAAUGCAUCAAACCCGAUUCCUAAAACGAAAGUUAAGUUUAAAAUUAGCAGUAGAAUAGUUCAGACUAAAUACGGAAAGUUACAGGGCAUAGUUCUUGCAAUGGAUGAACAUAGAUAUUUGAGUCCACUUGAAGUUUUCUUAGGUGUUCCGUACGCUACUCCGCCUGUAGGUUCGAAUCGGUUUAGUCCAACAAGAACUCCGUCUCCCUGGGAGGGUGUCCGUGUCUCCGACAGGCCCGGGGCGGCUUGCCCACAGAAGUUGCCCGACUUCGAAGAUGAAAGAAUUCUCUUAGAGAAGAUGCCAAAGGGGAGACUAGAAUAUAUAAAAAGACUGAUGCCGUAUCUUAAGAACCAAAGUGAAGAUUGUCUGUAUUUAAAUAUAUUUGCCCCAUUACAAAUGGACGAAACAAAAUUAGCACUGCCAGUUCUAGUGUAUAUACAUGGAGAGAGUUAUUCUUGGAGCUCAAGUAAUCCCUAUGAUGGCGCAGUCUUGGCCAGUUACACCGAUCUAGUUGUUGUUACACUCAACUAUAGACUCGGAGUUCUUGGUUUCCUAAAUGCAAACCCAGCUCCACACCUGAAGGCGCGGGUCGCCAACUACGGCCUAAUGGACCAAAUAGCAGCGUUGCACUGGGUCCAACAAAACAUCGCAUUGUUUGGCGGUGACCCGACCAACAUUACACUAAUGGGUCACGGGUCAGGCGCAGCUUGUAUUAACUUUCUGAUGAUUUCACCAACUGUGAUGCCAGGUUUAUUUCACCGUGCAAUACUUCUCUCUGGUUCGGCACUAAGCUCUUGGGCAAUCGUCGAUGAUCCAGUCUACUAUUCCCUAAAACUAGCGAAAUACAUGAAUUGUUCCAUACCAGAAGAUCUUGCAAGAGAUCACGAAAUCAUCGUAGAUUGCUUACGUGAAGCGCCAAUAGAAGAACUCUUAUCAAUAGACAUAUCAGCACCAAAUUUCCUCACGGCGUUCGGACCAUCGGUAGAUGGCGUUGUGAUAAAGACAGAUUUUUCGAAAGAUUUUCUAACUGUGCAUGGCUCAGGUGAUUUCCCUAGUUUUGGGCCACUCAAUAACAUGUUUCCUAACGUGCAUAGUAAGAGAAGUGAUAGUGGAAGAAGGCUCUUUCAAAACAAAUAUGAUUUGAUGUUUGGAGUGGUCACUUGUGAAGCGUUAUGGAAGUUUUCAGCGAAUGAUAUUCAGAACGGUAUUGAACCGGAAAAAAGGGAUCGAAUGCUGAGGACAUACGUGAGAAACUCCUACACAUAUCAUUUGAGCGAGAUCUUCUAUACAAUAGUGAACGAGUACACGGACUGGGAACAAACGGUAGAGAAUCCAAUAAACACUCGCGAUGCCACCGUAUCAGCGUUAUCUGAUGCACAGUACGUGGCUCCACUUGUGCAGAGCGGAGACCUGCUCAGCGGAGGUCCCAAGCCUUCACCAAGCGAUGAAGACGGCCCUCGAAGACCUACGAAAACAUACUUCUACGUGUUCGACUAUCAGACGAAGGAUGGCUACUAUCCCCAAAGAAUGGGCGCAGUACACGGUGAGGAGUUGCCAUAUAUCUUCGGUGCUCCCAUUGUUCAGGGAUUUGGGCAUUUUCCGCAAAAUUACACCAAGUCUGAAGUAGCUCUGUCUGAGUCUAUGAUGUUGUGUAUCGCCAGCUUCAUUAAGAAUGGGAACCCGAACGACAACACUCGGCAAGAGGCUUUGUUACCGGCCUCCCGAGAGAGGAACAAGUUCCGGGGGAUUAAUUGGGAGGAAUACGAUUCCACGCAUCAGAAGUACUUAGAAAUAGGUGUAAAACCACGUCUUAAAAAUCACUACAGAGCACAUCAGCUAUCUGUCUGGCUUCGUCUUAUUCCGGAACUCCAUCGUGCGGGAAUGGAAGAUGUCGCGACUCGUCAUAAUUUGUUCCGAAAUCACAACGAUCAAGAUUUAUAUGAAGGCAUCGUAAGACCAGACCCCCUAGCUCGUACAGAUAAUGAAGUCAAACGCAACUCCACAUUUCCUGAUACAGCUUUAACAACAGCUGAUUCGAUUAUUGCGACGUGUGUCACAAUGGCACCAAGCAGAGAUCUUCAGCCAUUUAAUAGCAGUGAUAACUCUCUUGCAAGCUUAGAAGCUGCUGGAUAUGCGGCCUACUCUACAGCACUAAGUGUAACCAUAGCAAUCGGAUGCUCAUUGCUAAUCCUCAAUGUUUUAAUAUUUGCUGGAGUAUAUUAUCAACGAGAUAAGUCGAGAUCACGAGGAAAACAACAGCGGUUUAACGAAAAACAUUUCGAAACAAUAUCCGGGAAACAUUCUCAUUACCAUAUCGAUCCGACCCUUGCACCGAGCCUGGUUGUGGAUGUAGAACGUCAAAGUAGAAAGAAAAUGGACCAGAGCAUGUCCAACUUGAAUUUUAAGGGCCCUUUAGAUGCAAAGUCUCCCAGCCCAACGUUGAGCAUAGAUAACAUGAUGUUGCCCAGUAAAUUGGGGAGCAGGGCAAAUAGUUUUCGUUUGCCAAAUGCGUAUCAAGGGUAUGCGACUUUGCCAAAAAAUAUUGGACCAGGCCAUUUCGGUAAUGGUUCUGGUUCACCGAGAGAAGAAAGAGUUUCUCAUGCCACCUUGAGACGGGGCAAGAAUAUACAUCCUCAGAACUUACCACAAGCAGCGAUCGAUGAAAUGAGGGUGUGACAGUGUAAACAUUGUAAAUAAUUAAAGAUUUUAUUAAUCUGUAUUACGAUUAUUAAACGAUGAGAGAUGA